GUUGCCCUGCGCCCCCCUAUAAAUCUCUGCUUCGUCUUCAUCAUCUCCAUCUCAAAUCAUCCUACUCUCUCUCUCUCUCUUCCUCGCUGUCUCACACGCACAUUCACUUUCUCUCUCUCUUCCUCGCUGUCUUACACGCACAUUCCAAACGGAAGCACACUCUCCAGAAAUCCGCACCAACGAUCAGGAGUUCAAGAAAUCGUUCCAUCAUGGUCGGCGCAGGAACAAACACCACCAUGGGUUCCAGGAAGCCGCGGGUGGUGCUCUACCCGUCGCCGGGCAUGGGGCAUCUGGUCUCCAUGAUCGAGCUCGGCAAGCUCUUCGCCGCCCGUGGGCUGGCCGUCACGGUCGCCCUCAUGGACUCGCCGCACGACACCAGCGCCACGGGCCCCUUCCUCGCGGGCGUCUCCGCGGCCAACCCCGCCAUCUCCUUCCACCGUCUGCCACAGGUCGAGCUCCUCGGGUCCGAGCCGCCCGAGAUGCUGACCUUCGAGGUCGCCCGCCUCUCCAACCCGCACCUCCGUGACUUCCUCGCCGGCGACGCCCCGGCCGUCAUCGUGCUGGACUUCUUCUGCAGCGCCGCCAUCGACGUGGCCGCGGAGCUCGGCAUCCCCGCCUACUUCUUCUGCACCUCCGGGGCGCAGAUCCUGGCUUUCUUCUUGCACCUCGCGGUUCUGCACGGCAAGAGCGCGAGGAGCUUCGGGGAGAUGGGCCAGGAGCUCGUGCACGCUCCGGGAAUCUCCUCGUUCCCGGCGACGCACGCCGUUCAGCGGCUUAUGGAUCGCGACAGCGCGCCCUACAAGGCAUUUCUAAGCAUGAGCACCGACCUGUUCCGGUCCCAGGGCAUCAUCGUCAACACCUUCCGCUCGCUGGAGCCGCGUGCCAUGGACACCAUCGUGGCCGGACUCUGCGCGCCAUCCGGCCUCCGGACGCCCCCGGUAUACUGUAUUGGGCCACUGAUCAAGUCGGAGGAGGUGGGCGUGAAGCGCGGUGACGGGUGCCUGGCGUGGCUGGACGCGCAGCCCAAGGGCAGCGUCGUCUUCCUCUCCUUCGGCAGCCUUGGUCGGUUCAGCGCCAAGCAGACCAGGGAGGUGGCCGCCGGGCUAGAAGCCAGUGGGCAGAGGUUCUUGUGGGUCGUGCGGAGCCCGCCAAGCGACGACUCCUCGUCGAAGAAGAAUUCCGAGAAGCCGCCGGAGCCGGACUUGGAUGACCUCCUCCCGGAGGGUUUCCUGGACCGGACCAAGGGCAGGGGCCUCGUCGUGAAGUCGUGGGCGCCGCAGCGCGACGUGCUGGCGCACGACGCGGUGGGCUGUUUCGUGACGCACUGCGGAUGGAACUCGGUGCUCGAGUCGGUCAUGGCGGGCGUGCCCAUGCUGGCGUGGCCGUUGUACGCGGAGCAGCGGAUGAACGCGGUGUUUCUGGAGAAAGAGAUGGAGCUGGCCGUUGCCAUGGAAGGGUAUGACAGGGAGAUGGUGGAGGCCGAGGAGGUUGCUAAGAAGGUCAGGUGGAUGAUGGACUCGGACGGCGGGAGGGUGCUCCGAGAGCGGACUUUGACGGUGAUGAGGCGGGCGGAAGAGGCUCUACUCGAGGGUGGGGAGUCAGAGGCGACGUUGGCGGGGCUGGUGGAUGCGUGGAUCCGUGCUUAACGUUCUUAUUUGACCGUGGAUACAUCAGCAGUGAGCCUGGUGAAGUCAAUGUGUGGUUUUAAUUUUAUUUCUUUCACUAGUAGAAAAAGGGGCUUCCGUCCCAGCUUAAUUUAUACAUUAGUUCUGGU